UAUCAAGAUAUUUAUCAUUUGCCCUCUUAUUUCUUUUUAACCGCUGCUGAAAAUAAUGCAACAAAUGGCAUUAGUUGUCGAGUCGUUCUGGAAUCUCAUCUCUGCCAUUUCUAUUUCAAACAACUAUGGCCGAAUUAUUUCUCUUCAGCAUUGCAGAGUCACUCAUAACAAAGCUUGCUUCUCAUGCUUUUCAAGAAGCUUCUCGAGUGGUGGGUUUAUACGACGAUCUUCGAGACCUUGGAAAGACUCUCUCUUUCAUCAAGGCUGUUCUGUUAGAUGCUCAGCAAAAGCAAGAUCACAACCAUCAACUCCGCGAAUGGCUCACUCACCUUAAAACUGUCUUCUCCGAAGCCGAAGAUCUUUUGGAUGAAUUUGAGUGUCAAACACUGCAAAACAAAGUGGUCAAAGCUCAUGGUAACACCAAAGAUAAGGUAAGUCGCUUCUUCUCCAAUUCUAAUCCACUUCUUUUUCGCUACAAGAUGACACAACAAAUUAAAUAUAUCAACAACAGACUAGACAAGGUUGCAGCGCAUAGGCAUAAGUUUAGUCUUCAAAUAAUUGAUGUUGACACACGUGUUGUUUAUCGGAGAGAUAUGACACACUCCCGUGUCAGUGAUUUAGAUGUGAUAGGAAGAAAAAACGACAAAGAAAAGAUCAUAGAGCUUUUGAUGCAGCAGAAUCCUAAUGAUGAUGAUACAAGUCUAUUUGUUAUCCCCAUUGUAGGGAUUGGAGGCUUGGGAAAGACUACACUUGCAAAGUUUGUGUUCAAUGACAACAGGAUCCAAGAAUGCUUCCCAUUGAAGAUGUGGGUGUGUGUUUCUGAUGACUUUGACAUUAAGCAAUUGAUUAUCAAAAUCAUCAAUUCUGCCAAUGAUGAAGAUGUUUCUCCUCACCAACAGAAUUUGAACAUGUUGGAUCUGGAACAACUGCAAAAGCAAUUGAAAAGAAAACUUUUCGGUCAAAAGUUCUUACUCGUAUUGGACGAUGUAUGGAACGAAGACCGUGUUAAAUGGGUUGAGUUGAGGAAUUUAAUCCAAGUAAGUGCAGCAGGAAGUAAAGUUGUAGUGACUACACGUAGUCAUUCAAUUGCUUCCAUGAUGGGCACAGUUCCCUCUCACAUUUUAGAAGGUCUUUCUGAACAUGAUUCUUUGUCUCUGUUUGUGAAGUGGGCAUUUAAAGAAGGAGAGGAGGAAAAACAUCCUCACUUAGUAAAUAUUGGCAGAGAAAUUGUGAAAAAAUGCAGAGGGGUUCCAUUGGCAGUGAGAACAUUAGGUAGUUUACUAUUCUCCAAAUUUGAGGACAGUGAAUGGGAAUAUGUGAGGGACAGUGAAAUCUGGAAUUUGCCUCAAAAAAAAGAUGACAUUUUACCUGCCCUUAAACUGAGUUAUGAUCUCUUGCCAUCCUACUUGAAGCAAUGUUUUGCAUUGUUUUCCCUUUACCCAAAGGAUUAUUUAUUCCCUAGUUUUGAAAUAGCUGCGAUUUGGGGAUCACUUGGACUCAUUGCACUACCAAAAACAAAUAGGACACUUGAAGAUGUGGCCAAUCAAUAUUUGCAUGAACUCCUGUCAAGAUCCUUUCUCCAAGAUUUUGAAAACUUUGGCAAUAAGUUUAGGUUUAGAAUACAUGAUUUGGUGCAUGAUCUCGCCCUAUUUGUUGCGACCGAUGAGUGUCUGCAUGUGAGUUUCAAAAUUCAAAAUAUUCCAGAUAAUGUUCGACAUCUGUCUUUUACUGAAAGCAGUUUGUUCGGAAAUUUAGUAACCAAAAAAUCAACAGUUGUGAGAUCCGUACUGUUUCCAAACGGUGCAGCAGCUGCCAUCGAUGAAGCUUUACUAAAUAUGUUCCUGUCAAAGUUCAAAUACUUGCGAGUUUUGGAUUUACGUGGUUCGACAUGCAAGACUUUGCCCCGUGCCAUUACUAAGAUGAAACAUUUGAGAUAUUUGGACAUUAGCGAAAAUCUCAACAUUAAGAGACUCCCGGACUCUAUUUGCAAGCUCCAAAGUUUGCAAGUGUUGUCACUUAAGACAUGCAAGAAGCUGGAAAUAUUGCCCAAAGGAUUAAGAAAACUAAUCAGUCUCCGUUCUUUGGAGUUUAGCACAAAGCAAACUAUUUUGCCUGUGAAUGAGAUCGCCCAAUUGGGGUCGCUUGAAUACUUGUACAUUGAAUCGUGCCAUAAUGUGGAGUCCAUCUUUGGAGGGGUGAAAUUCCCUUCUCUUAAAACAUUAUGCGUUGGGGAUUGUCAGAGACUAAAGUCAUUGUCUCUGGAUGGUCAAAAUUUUCCCGAAUUAGAAACAUUGCUUGUUAAGGACUGCGGUAAUUUGGACUUGGAACUGUGUAAGGGCCACCAUGAAGAAGAAAGCCCUAAGCUGAAGCUAAAACUUGUAUUAUUUUUCGGUUUAUCACAGAUGGUGGCCUUGCCUAACUGGCUUCAGGAAGCUGUCAAAUCCUUGCAGCGCUUGUAUGUUUUAAAUUGUGACAAUAUUGAAACACUUCCGGAUUGGUUAACAACUCUGACUGAUCUCAAAGCACUUGGUUUAAUAAAUUGUCCAAAUCUGGUAUCUCUGGCAGAUAACAUUCAUCACCAUACUGCACUUGAAAGUUUGAGGAUUGAAGGUUGUGCUAACUUACAUAAAAAAUAUGAACCCAAUGUUGGAGAGUUUUGGCCCAAAAUAUCACACAUCAAAAAGAUUGUGAUCGUAGAACCAGAAGAACUUAAGAAGAAUUAGAGGAAUAGCCGGACAUAGUAAGAAGCCCCUUAUUUUCUCUUUUUUGUGUUUUUCAUAAUGUUGAUUUUUAUUUCUUUUUUGUGGUUUUCAAUUUUUCACUCGUGAAAAUCACUUAGAGCUAUUAGUUAAGACAUUUCAAUUUAGAGAGACCUUCAUAAUAUAGUUGUUCUAUAUUUGCUCUUUUCAACUGUUUUGCUUUGUAGAUCAUUAAUAUUGGUAUACACAAUUUCAGUAUUUCAUUUAUACUCAUACAUUUCAGUGUGCCUAAGUCAGUUAGAUAUGGACUUUCACUUGUGAAACGUAAAAGUAGAAGACAUACACAGAAGUCUGAAUGUUAGACUACUUUUGCACUAUACCUUAUCGCUUUUUUAUGUUCGAGUUUGCUUUACUACAACUUUUAAUAUAAUUUUUAUAAAAGUUUCGUUGUCUAGAUAUUUUAUUUUUUAUAUUUUAUUUCCAUUAGUUAGUGUAAUUUCAAAUAGAUAUAACAUUUUAAAGAAUUUUAAAUUGAUUUUAAUCUUAUGUUUAGACAUUCUCAAACUCAAUGUGCAAUUUUUCUCCCUUAUUUUCGAUCUCUAGUGACCUAGCAUAGCAUGAUCAGGUAUGAAAAAAAUCUAAAAUCCAUCAAAAUAAAAUAAUUAAGAAAACAAUAUUAAUUACAGAACCAUUUGAAUAUAAUUUAAGAGUGUUUGUACCGUAAAAAAACACGUUGGCAGCUACUUUAGAAAAUUGUUAAAAGAUAAUAAAGUUGAUAUCCGUAACACUAAAUCAAUAAUAAUAAAAGUAAAAUGAUGGAAUUUGCAUUUACAUUGCUAUUAAAUAAUUCCUUUGAUAAAGAACUAACUGUAAAGGACAAUAAUCACCAAUGACAACAAAAUUUCGUAUACUAUUAUAGAAAGCGAAAUGAUAUUUCAACACCCUUAUUUGACACUACUUUGACACUGGACAGGUGUCAGUGUGUCAUUGGGUGCUUUUCUUUUAAAAAAUAUAUGGUUUUUAAUUCUGAAGGAAGGGCAAAGUUGGAAUGAAAUUUUGAUUAAUUUCAGUUUCGCGGUUCCUUUUCCUUUUGUCUCGGUG